AAUGCCUAUAUCCCAGGAGGAAGCCUGAGGGCCUAAAGAUUCAGGGUGUGGAAAAUUAGCCAGAAGAGCAAUCGCUCCCAAGGUGGAGGUGGGGGAGAGGAGAAAUCAGAGGGCUUUGGAACUUGCAUUCAAAGAAUAUAUGGAGCUAAGGUGAAGGGCUUCUGGAUGCGGGGGCACAGCAAAGGUAAGAAAUCUGCGUGUUUACUCCGGGGCAAUGAUAUUCCGGCUUGAGGGUCUGGAUGGCCCCUGGCCAGGCUAAAUUCCAGCUUUCACCUGCAGGACCCGGGGGCUCUUAGUGUCAGGUUAAGAGCGGGCGUCUAAUUAGCAUAUCAUUUGCAUAAGCCACACCUCCGGGAAACGGGGGACCGGGUGGGACGCGGCCAGGCGGAUUAUUGGCCUGCUCUCACCUUCUCGGUGAUGGCUGAAAUCCAAGACGGGCCUUAGAAAGGUUUCCAUCCCCAGCCUGGUGGUGCUGAUGGUGCGGGGCGAUUUCCAGCCCGCACCUGUGCAGGUGUGUUUGGUGGCGGCCCGCUGCAAGGCGGGCCGGAAGUCCGGCCCCUCAGGGGCCCGGGCCCAAGCCGGUCCUCCUGACGCAAACUCCUCCGAGAUCGCUGGGGCUGCUGACCUUCGGACCGUGCAAUCUCUCUGGACGAAAGCCAGCUUUGAAAAAAGCAGGGAAACUGAAGAGGGCAAGGUCCUGAGGAGGGUCAGAGGGGCCGACCUUACUCCCUCAUGCCAAGAGUGCAAGACCUGCUUCAAGCCCCCCAGUCCCACCAGUUUGCCCGCGGUGGGGGGGGGGGCAAAAGAAGACAAGGUCACCUGUUGAAGGGUGGGGAAUGAGUUCGCGCUUUUGGAGGGGGCAGGGGCGGGUUCCAAGGCCGCCGGGAGCGGGGUCUGGCCGUUCCCACGGGUGCCCCCUCGGCAGAUGGGCCCAGAGCUCUUUGUCCCCGGUCCGCAGCCGCAGCAAGGUCAAAUGUCACCGCGGGGCCGCGGGCAGGGGUCAAGGGGGCGGGGCCGGGCCUCGAACGCCCCCCCCCCCCCCCCAGGAGGGCCCCAGGGGGUUGGGGGCCGCGGCGCUACGGAGAGGGGGCGGGGCGGCCGCCGAGGGGUUGGACCUACCCGAGGUUCUAGGAUCUGCGGCGGAUAUUUCCCUAGUCUCCAAACCGGCCCCAGACUGCCACUUGUGAGCCUCGCCUCCCCCGAACUUGUGUCCCGCAAGCCCCAGGUCCCUGCCCCCUCCCCUCUCCAGUCCCCCUCUGACUCCCUUCCCUGAACCUUGUCUCCCUUCCAAGAUGCCCCCUGCCCAAGAAUGCUGGAAAGCACCGUCCAGGGACCUGGGACCCCCGUCCUCACCUCCAAAUAGCCAGCUGGUACCUCCACAUUCCCAGGCAGCCCCAGAACAAAAUGGUCUUCUCUAACCCUCCAGACCCCCUUUUCCAGCAGGGCUUACAGGGCAGGGAAUUCCACUCUAGUCAGUCCCAUGGAAAGUCCUUGCUCAUGUCUGACCCCAGUCCUUGCUUCCUGUACUUGCUAAAACUUCCCCCAACUCAUACCUGGCCAGACUCUCCCUGGGAGGCCCAGAGGCCCAGGGCUGGGUGUGUGGUGCCUGGCUUUUACAGAACCUUGGUAUCCUCUUAAAUGUUGCAUGAUCUCCAAGAUCUCCCAGCAGCAACCCCCCCCCCCCGCCAAGGUGCCCCCUCAGAUGUAAUCUGGAGAAGGGGAUGCCUUUUCCCAAGGCCCCUUCCUGCAAGGGGAGGGGGCAGUGGGGGCAGAGGGCACUGUUUUUCCUGCCGGCAGCUCUCAGAGGCCCAGCCACGUGCCCCGGUGUCCAGCUCUGGGCCCAGGGCCCAGGGCAGGGCAGGAGAUAAGGCCGGCAACUGGACCUGCAGGACUCCAAGGUGAAAGGUCACCAUAGGAAGGGCUUUUCCAGCUAGUUAAACGUUAACAGGCCCAGAGCAAGAGGCUCAGGCUUGCCCAGCCUCUGGCUGCACCGCCGGGAGGUGAGGGGUAGGGGGGUGGGACAAACAAAGGGUGCUUAAUAAAUGCUGGUUGGCCCCACUGGGGUCGUGGAGGACGGGGGGAAGCUGUAAGCCAGCGGCAACUGAGAGGCUCCAGGGAGACUGGAAGAGACAUCUGCAGUCCAGCCGGUGGCCUGGCCAAGCCCUUUAUGUGAAGCACAGAAAGAAAAGGAAAUUAAAGAGGAAAAGGGGCAGGCCCCAGUAGGGAUGGUGGGCCUGGAAGUUCAGUUCCUGCUACCUCUAGCCUAGCUGGGCGGGUGGGUGCCCUGCCCCCAAGAGGCCUAAAAUUCUGGCGCGGGGGGAGGGGGGGAGGGGCCCUGACCUCGCGCCCCCGCCGGCCACAGACCACAACAUCCCUUAGCCCUGGAGAUUCCCAGCACCAGGUGUUAGCCCAAGCUGAGAAAGGGUGGGGUGGGGGUCGGACGCGGCGACUUUCUGGAAGAGGAAGCAAACACAAUCCAUCAUACAACUGUGCAAAGAAAUGCCCCGGGGUGUGGGGGUGUGUGUGUGUGUGUGUUUGUGUGUGUGUGUGUACUGCGCAGGGGCGUGCCCUCGGGUGCAGCUGGCCCCCCAUUAUUGCUUCUGUGGGGAAUGCAGGGGUAGGGUUCCGAGGUGCCCCUCGAGGGCGUUUGAGCGAGGCAACGUCCAAGGCCGGAGGCGUAGGGGAGGGCCUUGCAGAGACAUCUUGGCGAGGCUGCGGAAGGGCAGAGGGCAGCGGCGGCCCAGGCUCUCGCCGCGGCCCGGCAGGGGUUAAGGCUGGAGUCGGGCGAGGGCGGGGGCAGGGUGGGGGGGAAGGAGCGGGGGGAGGGUCAGGCCGAGCGGCCCCGUGCUCCGCCCUCGCCCCUCCCGCCGGCCCGGGCGCCGGGCGCCGAGCGAGGCCACCCAUGCCCUUAUAAGGGUGGCCGUCGCCGGGGCAACGAGCGCCCGCCCCCAGCCCGCGGCGCGCGCCCCUGCCCCCGCCCCCGCCCCCCGCCCGCCCCGCGAAUGGAACGUUGUGUGUCAAACCGGCCGCAGCGCGAGGCCGGCGCGCGGGGUCGGCGGCGGCGGCGAGAGCGAGGCUCGGGCCCAGGCGCAGGCCCAGGCCGGGCAGGCGCGGCCGCAGAGGGGGCGGCAGCUCGGGAAGCGCCGGCCCGCUGCCUUGCAGGCCCCGAGCGGCCGCCUGGGGGCCCGGGAGAGCCAGGGGGCGCGGCGACCGGCCCCGACGCGCGCCUGCCGCCCCUCCCCCGCGCCGCGGGCGGCCGCGUAACUUGCGGCCAAACUUUCCCCCCGGCCUCCCGCGCUCGGAUGGCGGCCCGCUAAGUUGGCCGCAGCCCCCGGCCAAGCGGCGGCCAGGCCAGAGGGCGCCCCCUGCGCAGCCUGGGCCGGGCCAUGGCCCGCGCGCCCCCGCCGGGGCCCCAGGGCGGCGGGGCGCGAGUCCCCGGGGCCCCCGGCUCGCGCCUCUAGCGCGCCCCCCCCCCCCAAGGCCCGGCCCCGCGCACGCGUGGGAAAGUUGGCCUGGAACCGGCCCGACCAGUUCUGCCCGGGCGCGCGGACCGGCCGCAGGAAGUUGCUGCAAAACUUUUUUGGGGGGUGCAGCCGGUGCCCCCCGCGCGCCGGGCCCGGAUGCGUGCCGGGUAGGGUCCCCCCGGGCCGAGAGGGGUGCCCGGAGGGAGGAGCACGGAGGGGGCGCCCCGGCCCCGCUGCCCUGGGGCUAUGGCCAUGGUGACCGGCGGCUGGGGCGGCCCCGGCAGCGGCGGCGGCGACACGAACGGCGUGGACAAGGCGGGCGGCUACCCGCGCGCGGCCGAGGAAGACUCGGCCUCACCCCCGGGCGCCGCCAGCGACGCUGAGCCGGGCGACGAAGAGCGGCCGGGGCUGCAGGUGGACUGCGUGGUGUGCGGGGACAAGUCGAGCGGCAAGCACUACGGCGUCUUCACCUGCGAGGGCUGCAAGAGCUUCUUCAAGCGGAGCAUCCGCCGCAACCUCAGCUACACCUGCCGGUCCAACCGCGACUGCCAGAUCGACCAGCAUCACCGGAACCAGUGCCAAUACUGUCGCUUGAAGAAGUGCUUCCGGGUGGGCAUGAGGAAGGAGGCGGUGCAGCGCGGCCGCAUCCCGCACUCGCUGCCCGGCGCCGUGGCCGCCGCCUCGGGCAGCCCCCCGGGCUCGGCGCUGGCGGCCGCGGGCGGAGACCUUUUCCCGGGCCAGCCGGUGUCGGAGCUGAUCGCGCAGCUGCUGCGCGCCGAGCCCUACCCCGCGGCGGCCGGGCGCUUCGGGGCGGGCGCGGCGGGCGCGUUCGGCGCGGGGGCCGGCGCGGCGGGCGCGGUGCUGGGCAUCGACAACGUGUGCGAGCUGGCGGCGCGGCUGCUCUUCAGCACCGUGGAGUGGGCGCGCCACGCGCCCUUCUUCCCCGAGCUGCCCGUGGCCGACCAGGUGGCGCUGCUGCGCCUCAGCUGGAGCGAGCUCUUCGUGCUGAACGCGGCGCAGGCGGCGCUGCCCCUGCACACGGCGCCGCUGCUGGCCGCCGCCGGCCUGCACGCCGCGCCCAUGGCCGCCGAGCGCGCCGUGGCCUUCAUGGACCAGGUGCGCGCCUUCCAGGAGCAGGUGGACAAGCUGGGCCGCCUGCAGGUCGACUCGGCCGAGUACGGCUGCCUCAAGGCCAUCGCGCUCUUCACGCCGGAUGCCUGUGGCCUCUCAGACCCAGCACACGUGGAAAGCCUGCAGGAGAAGGCGCAGGUGGCCCUCACAGAGUAUGUGCGGGCUCAGUACCCGUCCCAGCCCCAGCGCUUCGGACGGUUGCUGCUUCGGCUCCCAGCCCUGCGCGCUGUCCCCGCCUCCCUCAUCUCCCAGCUGUUCUUCAUGCGCCUGGUGGGCAAGACACCCAUCGAGACGCUGAUCCGAGACAUGCUGCUGUCAGGAAGUACCUUCAACUGGCCCUAUGGCUCAGGCCAGUGACUUCACAGGGCCGGCUGCGCUGCGGCUGGGUCUGCAGACCUCAAGGGACAUGGAUGCUUCGGCCUCGCGCGGGGCCCCCAAGUGGAGGACCUUGGCUUCUCUCCUCAGACUCCUAUUUUUUAAAGACUGUGAAAUGUUGUCUCCUCUGUUUUUUAAAUGAUCACGAAACCAAAAAGAGAGUGCUUGUUCGGGCUUCAGCCUCGGCCUCCCCAGGACUCCUGGCCAAAAUAGAGGGGGAGGGACCGAGGGUCCAUUCCUGGGAGAGCCUGGAGCUCAGCACCCCAAGCAUGGACUUGUGGGCCGGCGGGGUUGGCUUCCCUUAUGUGAUGGACAGAGGCCUGGUGUCUGCACUAGAGGGGCGGGGGUAGUACGCGCCAGGCAGAUCCUCUGGACACGUACUCCACGUCACACACUACAUGAUGAAUGAAUCAAGGCCAAUAAUAAAGAUGUUUCCUACCUG